AAAAACUGCUUAGUUGUAGAGAAGAGGAUGUGAUCUUUAAGCAGAACAGAAAGAGUCUUUGGAAAGGGCAACCGAGAUGUGCGACACCGAGGAUCCGAAGUCCACUGAGCUGGCAGGAUUGGAUGAGGAGGUGCUGAUGCCCUCUGGAUGGAGUCAUUUCAACCUCGGAAGCCCAAGAAGUCAGAGCCUGAGGAACUUUCCAGCUCCCUGGCUGAGUCGCCUGGGCUUCCUGAUGAUGAUGGUCUUCUUUGCCCUUUCCUUCAUCCUCAGCAUCAUUAUCUUGUCCCAAGUCUUCCAGAAUCAAAGUCAGUUGGAGUUUGAAGCAAUCCAGAAGAAACUGAACCAGUUCUCUGCCCAGCUGAAAGAUAAUGGGGUCUUCCAGAAUCAAAGUCAGUUAGAGUUUGAAGCAAUCCAGAAGAAAGUGAACCAGCUCUCUGCCCAGCUGAAAGAUAAUGGGGCCUUCCAGAAUCAAAGUCAGUUGGAGUUUGAAGCAAUCCAGAAGAAACUGAACCAGCUCUCUGCCCAGUGGGAAGAUAAUGGGGACCUGAAGGCCAAAGAACAAUCUGAAACCUCACAGCUCAUCAAACAACUGAACAAAACGUUGAGCACUCUUUGCAGUCCAUGUCCCUGUGACUGGAAGUUUUAUAAAGACAGCUGUUACCACUUCUCUGUGUACCGAAAACCAUGGGAUGCAGCCAGAGAGGCAUGUGAGGCAGAUAAUUCCAACCUGGUUAUCAUUGACUCUUCUGAGGAGCAGAAAUACCUGAAGAAGAGAGCUGACUCCAACCACCGGUGGUGGGUGGGACUCAGUGACAAGAAGAAAGAAGGGACCUGGCACUGGGUGGAUGGAACGACUCUGAAGGAGGCCUUUUGGAAUGAGGGAGAACCCAACAAUGCUGGUGAUGAGGAUUGCUGUGAGCUGAUCUCUCAAGGCUGGAAUGAUGCACCCUGCAGCAAAGAGAACUACUGGGUCUGUGAGAAGGAAGCUACUCCUUGUACCAAGCUCUGAGGAGCUCCAGGGAUUGGGGGAAUGGGGGUUGGUAAUGGUGGUGACUGCAUCUGGAUAAUAGAGAAGAGUAGAUGGGGCUAGGGGCCAGGACUCUUGGAUUUGAACCGAAGCUAUUCUGUCCUACCCCCACCCCCAUUAUUGUACCUCAGUUUAUCCUUUUGUGAAUCCUGGCCAUUAUUUUCUUUCAUGAAGGCCAAAGUUCCCUGAGAUUCCCCCAAAUAAACCUUUCCCCCACACUAUCUCCUACACUAAUCUCCAUGGCUUUGGCCAUCACCUCUAUCAAGCUGACUCUCACAUCUACAUCUCCUACAUGCUUGCUCCCUUAAGUUCUGAACUCUAGACAUCUAUCUGUCUGGCUGACCAUCCAUCCCUACCUGGAGGUCCUGUUUCACUGCAAUAAAUGACUCCUUCCCCAUCUUAUGUACAUUUUUCUAAAGGUUUCCUGUACGUGCAGUAUCUGGCAUGUAAUUGGUGCCUAAUAAAUGCUUGUUGGUUGAUUAA